CGUGCAUGACAAUGAUUCUGAAAAAGGGUCGUUUGUGAUUAUUUCGAUGAGAUCAAUUUCAUUGCUUCAGACCACCUGAAAAUUGAUGUUUCAACAUCAGCCAUGUUGAAACUUACCAACCAUGUCGUCAAAUCUCAUGUUUAGCCCCAAGCACACUCGAUCGAGCACGAUCUUUCGUCCUAAAAAAUCGGAAAGCUUGGCCAAUUAUGGUGAAAUCUUGUACUGUAGUAAGAACUCAGUGGAACUAAUAGUGACGUGGUAGAGUCUUCAUAGACGGGAAGGUGGUGCUAAAAUUUCGAGCAUGCUCAGAAUUUACGUAGCAGGGUUGUAAUGGUUUUCAAUCGGAGUGGCAACAUACUAAAGACGGCAUACACGUAGUCUUCACGUAUAAACAUCGCAGUAGGAUCUUUUUAGACGUGGUACACGCUUAUUUCGGGGACGAAUUUGGCGUGCUAAAGAUACAGGCAAGUUGCCCCUCAAAAAACUGUGGGAUUUUGGGAUUUUCACAAACGGAAAAAUUCCUGCAAAUAACUGGUCCAUUAUUGUGUAACUGGUACAUUUGUGGAAUUUAAGAUCUCAGCUUAGUUUACCAUCUGCAUCAAAACAUUCAUCAAGUGUUCUAAAAACAGCAAAAUCUGUGUUUCAAAAACUUGACCAACUUAAAACUGACUUUUCUCAAAACCACUGUUCAAUGCCAGGUGACCAAAUUCGAAAACUCCGAUAACACAAUGGGCCUUGAUCUUUACAAUACAUGUAUCUUUGGUUGUGUACAUUUCUCCCAUUCCAUGCUCACAACAUUGAGAAGAAAUCGCCGCCGCUCGUUUUCACUGGAAUAAAACCUCCAGUAUCAAUUCUGAAAUAUUUCAUUUCGCAGGGCAAAGGCGGCAUCGCAAAAAAGAAAACGUUUGACAAAAUGGCACCCUGUUGCUUCUGGCUUUGUUUUCAACAGCAAUUAAUAAAGGUUCCGAGGGUAUUAGUCAUUUGGGAAACAGGUUGCUAUAUAUAAUAAAACCUCAAGAAAGUCAAAAUUCCUCUCAGGGUUAAUGUGCUUCACAGUGUACUAAAUGAUUCUUUUUUGGGGGGAGGGGCAUCAGAUGUCUCUGCUUGCUAGAGGUGGUUCAGUAAAGACCCUUUGUUACGUUAAAGUUUUAACCAAUGUGUUAAUAACGUCAUUUUGCAUAUUGCAAAUCAAUAAUACGCACUAUUCACUUCCAACACCGAUCUGCCGACGUUGGAUCAUUCAGGAACUGCGUGCACUUUGAAGGCCAAUCGUGAUCAAUGCAUUAUUACAGUUUAUUCGGAUGACUGUAUUGAUUCCAUUACACGAGAGGAUGUCGUGAUAUCAACAGCUGCAAUUGUUAUUUUUGAUGAUUGUCGUCAAUUCGGACAGAGGAGAAGCAUCGCUCUUGCUUACUGCGGUGUUCUUUGUCUAUACUGAUACCAUCGCUUGGUGAAAGGUUGGAGCUUGUAACGUUGGUCGCUAUUGGUGAAUAGAUUUCUCCAGAGUCGAUAUUUGGAGGCUGGCCCCAAAAUGCAAAAGGUGGGCCAGUAAUUCUAAAGUGGUUUCCCACGCUCUACCCUCCAGAAAGACAUCAAAAGUUGCUGAAUCCGGUCCAACUUCAUUGGAAUACCCUGGACCAAUGCUGCUGAUUUCACCGUGCCAAACCCGGAAAGCGAAAGCUCCCAGCUUGCCCCUUGAUUCUGCAUGUCUCUGACGGUAGCCGCAGGCCUCCAGGAAUCAUGUUCUUCACCAAGAGCAAAACCAAGAGGGCCACGGGAAUCAUCAUUGUCGUGAUUUUCUGUUUGUUUGCCGUCCAGGAAAUCACAUAUCGGCAGAGCCAACGACGACGAGACUCCAAAGGGGCACCAACUCUUGUUAACCCAAAGCAAAGGAUCUUGGUCACAAAGGCACCCCUUGAAGUGAUUCCUGCAAAGAAUCACACUGGCCAGCAUUUGAAUAUUACCUCCAACAGUAAGACCAGAAGCAUCCCCAUGUACUCCGAUAAGGUGAUCGGCCCGCUCCCUUAUAAUUUCACUCUGACCAACGGGCAUGUAUGCAUGCAGAAUGCGACGAGCCAACGGGACGUGUUCUUACUGAUUCUGGUGAAGUGCCGGCCAGGAGGGAGCUCCAUGAGAGCGCUCAUUCGAAAAACGUGGGGAGGGGUGAGAAAAGUGGAUGGUAGACAAACGCUGACCAUGUUCCUGCUUGGAAAAACCGUCAAUUCAACUCUGAACGAUAAGGUGGCCAACGAGAACAGGCAACACCGCGAUAUCAUCCAGGGGAAUUUUGUAGACAGUUAUCUAAACUUGACUCACAAGACCAUGAUGGGAUGGCGAUGGGCAUCAAAGUUUUGCUCGGGUGCAGAAUAUGUGGCCAGCGCCGAUGACGACGUGCUGUUGAAUGUGCACACUAUCGUCAGACGACUGGUCAGUAAGAUCCGAAACAACUACGCCGAAGGUUUUCUGCAAGUUGGGAGCAAGCCAUACCGGGGAAGAAGCAAGUGGCACACUAGUUUGGAUCUGUACCCAGAACCGACUUAUCCUCCGUAUUUCUCCGGGGUUUGCUAUGUGUUGUCCGGUGAUGUCGCGGUCAAGGUCUACAAGGAGUCCAUGCACGUGCGGUUCUUGCAAUGGGAUGACGUCUACGUUGGCAUGGUCUUGAAUAAGCUUAAUGUAACAAUGGUACAUGAACCAAGGUACCUCCGAUACAAAGAGAGCUACAGAGCGAGCGAGGCUGCUAUUGAUAACGGCCUGGCGGUACUCGUUGGCGAUGAACGCUAUCAUGCAUGGGCGUCCGAUGCAGGUCACAACGCUCGACUCUUAAAGAUCUGGGAGAAAGUUGCGCAGAAACACAAAGCCAGAAAUUAUACAAGGGUAUAGACUUUACGGAGGUGUGUCAAAGAUCUAUUCCACUUUCUAAGCUACAGAUUAUGCGUAAGAAUCGACGGCGGAUCCAGAACCAAAUUUUUGGGGGGACCAAACUUCUUUCUUUUUUGAGGGGUAGAAAAACUUGGAAUUUUCUCAGGUAACCUUUUGUGGCCUUUCUGAGUGGGAAGGCUACAUUUCAGGGCUUUUUAAAGAAUGACGAUAUAACUGACCAACAAUUUCAACCGUCCGCAAUCAGUUCAAUGGGGGAGGGGCUUCGGGUUGGGGGCAUGGACCCCCUCCCCCCUAUCCACCCCUGAGUAAAAUCUUCCAAAUCGAUACAGGUCUGAGGCAUUUAAUUAAGGGUCUUGGAGAAUCCGGUUCAUAAGUGUGACGUCACUUCAGUUUAAACCACUUCACAUAGAGUUACACCUUGUGUCUAUUCAACCAAUGAGAGCGAAUAAUUUGUGGUGCGUGCGCAUGUAUGACGACGUCACUUACAAACCCGAUAGACUAACCGAUUACACGUCAUGACUGUCGUGGCGCCGUACUCACACGCACAUUCAUUAGCUUGACGCACGCGUGCAUCGGGCAAAUUACUUGCAUUGAUCGAAGAGGUAUGUAACGUGCGCGUACCACCUGUCCGUCAGCGUUGUGUCGCCGCAGUAAAUGAGCCCCGAGCUGAAACAAUUAAGAGAGGGCGACAUUUUCCGAGCCACGGAGGCUCUGUUGGUCAGGACUGCACUUAGCUGGUUCACAAACGAACCAUGAAAGGCACGCGUUACAAUUGCGCCGCUGUAAACACAAUGAACACGCCAUACCAACAUGGCUCCUUUCAACUGAUGGGUGGUGCUCCUGCUUAAGGCGGAUUACACUACAUGUAUAGGGCAGAGAUUAAGUGUUCCCUAUGUUUCAUGAAAAAAUUCCAAGAAUUUUUUUGCUCUCCCAUUUCUCCCCCCCCCCAUUUUGGUCUUGAUCUAGCCUUGUUCGCGAAGCGCUGGUAAACGCUGAAGCUUCGCAUUUGAUGCCGACUCAAGGUUUACCAAGCUGAAUCGGUUAGUGUGAACCUUUAAAGUGUACCUGCAAAGAAUUUGUCUUAGACACAAGUUUUCUUCAACUUUGCAUUCUUCUUCAAUGUAUAAAACUCUUUCUAAUUCCUUUUUGGUUGUUUGACAAUUGCACUUAUUUAAAGAAUUAAAAUUGCACAUGCUUGCCCGGACACCUGAGGGCGCUGUUGCUGUGAAGUCAUCUAGGAA